GGUUGGGGACGCUCUCCAGUGGGAACGUCGAACGCACCCGGCAGGGCGGGGCGGGGCGGGGCGGGGCAGGGAGGGGCCGCUGUCCCUAGGUCCCUCCCUCGCACCGCCAAACUUUCCUUUGGCUCUGGACGCGUUGCAGGGGUCGCUGGAGAGGAGGCGCUCCGCCCGCCCGCCGCGUCCUCCGCUGCUUCUCCGCGCCGGGCUGGAGCCCGGCGCCCGGUCGCCCCGUCGCGCUCGACCCCGAGGGCAUGCGGCAGCCGCAGGGGCCCCCGCUCCCGGGCUCGGCGGCGCGGGUGAACGUGAGCGAGACGGGGUUCCACUGUGUUGGCCAGGCUGAUCUCGAACGCUUGACCUCGUGAUCCACCCUCCUCGGCAUCCCAAAGUGCUGGGAUUACAGGCGUCAGCCACUGCGCCCGGCCAGGAUGUUCACUUCUUCUCCACAAUGAAUGAGUGUCACUAUGAUAAGCACAUGGACUUUUUUUAUAAUAGGAGCAACACUGAUACUGUCGAUGACUGGACAGGAACAAAGCUUGUGAUUGUUUUGUGUGUUGGGACGUUUUUCUGCCUGUUUAUUUUUUUUUCUAAUUCUCUGGUCAUCGCAGCAGUGAUCAAAAACAGAAAAUUUCAUUUCCCCUUCUACUACCUGUUGGCUAAUUUAGCUGCUGCCGAUUUCUUCGCUGGAAUUGCCUACGUAUUCCUGAUGUUUAACACAGGCCCAGUUUCAAAAACUUUGACUGUCAACCGCUGGUUUCUCCGUCAGGGACUUCUGGACACUAGUUUGACUGCUUCCCUCACCAACUUGCUGGUUAUUGCCGUGGAGAGGCACAUGUCAAUCAUGAGGAUGCGGGUCCAUAGCAACCUGACCAAAAAGAGGGUGACAGUGCUCAUUUUGCUUGUCUGGGCCAUUGCCAUUUUUAUGGGGGCGGUCCCCACACUGGGCUGGAAUUGCCUCUGCAACAUCUCUGCCUGCUCUUCCCUGGCCCCCAUUUACAGCAGGAGUUACCUUGUUUUCUGGACAGUGUCCAACCUCAUGGCCUUCUUCAUCAUGGUUGUGGUAUACCUGCGGAUCUACGUGUACGUCAAGAGGAAAACCAACGUCUUGUCUCCACAUACAAGUGGGUCCAUCAGCCGCCGGAGGACACCCAUGAAGCUAAUGAAGACGGUGAUGACUGUCUUAGGGGCGUUUGUGGUAUGCUGGACCCCGGGCCUGGUGGUUCUGCUCCUCGACGGCCUGAACUGCAGGCAGUGUGGCGUGCAGCACGUGAAAAGGUGGUUCCUGCUGCUGGCGCUGCUCAACUCCGUCAUGAACCCCAUCAUCUACUCCUACAAGGACGAGGACAUGUAUGGCACCAUGAAGAAGAUGAUCUGCUGCUUCUCUCAGGAGAACCCAGAGAGGCGUCCCUCUCGCAUCCCCUCCACAGUCCUCAGCAGGAGUGACACAGGCAGCCAGUACAUAGAGGAUAGUAUUAGCCAAGGUGCAGUCUGCAGUAAAAGCAGUUCCUAAACUCUGGAUGCCUCUCGGCCCACCCAGGCCUCCUCUGGGAAAAGAGCUGUUAAGAAUGGUUACCUGUCUCUAACAAAGCCCAUGUACAGUGUUAUUUGAGGUCUCCAUUAAUCACUGCUAGAUUUCUUUAAAAAUUUUUUUUCAUAGUUUAAAAGCAUGGGCAGUAAAGAGAGGACCUGGUGCAUUUAGAGAAAGCACAGAAAUGGGAGAGAUUCGGCAGGUCCCUGCUUGUCCUAUGAACUGCUCAGAGCUCCUGUCAGUCCGGCUGGGCCUUCUGGGUUCUGGCACCAUUUCGUAGCCGUUCUCUUUGUAUUUUAAAAGGACGUUAUGAAAGGGCUUAGACCAAAAUAAAUCAUAAUGUUACUUGAGCCACCUUAUAUAGCUGCUUGGAAAGUCUAUGUAGCUCUUUCUGCAUGCAUUAAAAAUGUUUAGAAAUGCUUCAGCAAUGGUAUUUUUUUCCUCAAAGAAACCAUGGCCAGUAGCUAGGUGUUCAGUAGGAAUCAAAGAAAAAUCAGUAAGAGCUCCAGAUUAAACCUGAUUUUUAACUGAAGGAACAUUCUGAGGAAAAAUACUUACUUAAAACUAAAAAAGGGUCAAUGCGAAAACCCUUUUUGACCUGAAAAAGGCCUUAGUAUGGUCCUCCAUGCAUGUGUGUGUAUAUGCAUGUGUGUGUGUGUGUAUAUAUAUAUAUAUAUUCCUGUUUUUACUGAUUUUUAUUGAUUUUGUUCAAAGAUAUCUGGGGAUUGGAUUGGGGAAUGUUUAGUCUGACUAUUGAAAGAAACAUGGAUCCCUGGAGUAUUUCAGAUACAGGGUUACCGCCCCAGACUGCCUCCCACCAGCCCAUAUUAGUUCUCAUUUUCCCUCAUGAUGGUGAAAAACAGUGGAGAGCUAGUAAAGGGUUUAUGCAGAAAACAAGGAGAAGAGAAUGUGAAGUUUGAAGUGCCUAUGGAACAUCCAGCUGAUAAUCUUGCCUAGUAAGCAAAAGAAGCCAAGAGAACACCAACGUUUAAGGAGCAGGUAGAGAAAACCCAGCAAAAGGACAGAGGAAUAAGAGGACCAAAGAACAGUGUUAAGAAUCAAGGAGAGAGGUCGGGCAUGCUGGCUCAUGCCUGUAAUCCCAGCACAUUGGGAGGCCGAGGCAGGUGGAUCACUUGAGGCCAGGAGUAUGAGACCAGCCUGGGCAAUGUGGUGAAACCGCAUCUUUACUAAAAAUACAAAAAACUAGCCAGGCAUGGUGGCACAUGCCUGUAAUACCAGCUACUUGGGAAGCUGAGGCACGAGAAUCACUUGAACCCAGGAGGUGGAGGUUGCAGAGUGAGCCAAGAUCGCAGCACUGCACUCUAGUCUGGGUGACAGAGCGAGACUCUGUCUCAAAAAAAAAAAAAAAAAAAAAGACUAGAGAAUGUCAGGGAGCGCAUGUGUAUAUUUAAACAACUUCACUUUGCAUUUAAAGACUCGAAGGACAGCGAAGGUGAAAUCAAUUCACGGGCCACCUAGACUUUCCAGUCUAGGACUAGAGCUGUAGCAAUGAUCUGUUGUGCUGUACAAGAGAAAGAGGUGUUCAUUUGAAAACAGAUGUUUUUCUACAUCAGAGUAAAAGCUGUAUUGAAGAGCAGGCUGAAUCCCUUCCAUAUAGAAUGAAAUAUGAGCUUGACCCCAGUCCUUAUCUUCAGUUACCUCCAUACCAACUGGUGGCAUGUUGGAUUUAGCAUGUAGAAUAAUUUCCCAUCUCUUAUUUUUCCCAAGGUUAACGGCAUCCUUCUGGUACCUGGCUUACAUGUGAACUGAAUUUUGAUCUGGGUUCUAUUCCGAAUUUUUCUCCUUCAGAGACCUAAGUAGGCAACAUGAAAGACAAGUCGUUAAGAAAGAAAAAAUGAUGUUUCAUACACACAGGCUACCAACCAGAGUUUUCUAUGUAAAACAUUUAGAGUGUAUUCUGAUUUAAAAUGAGAAUAACUUCAAGGCAGAUAUUAUAGUAUUUAUGUAGUUUGCAAAAGAAGUUUACAUUUUUUUGCUAUUGUGAUAUAACAUUUAUGUGCAAGAACUACUUGUAAUAAAAGGAUUUGAGAUGUCAUGCUUCUAAAUAUAAUAGCCUAAAAUAGAGAAUAUUAUGAUUUGAAAGUGUAGAUUUCACAAACUCUGUAUAGUAUGUGGGUCUAUCUGAAGCUUUUAUCAAAGCUACCUAUAAAAUAAAAUUUUAAAAGAUCUGUU